AUGUUAAUUGGGGUAUGGCUUCAGGAAACCAGUGUCCGGGCUUGGGUCAGCUUUUGUGUGAUUUUUGUAGCCAAUUUUAACCAACUCAAUCAUGUCACAAAUAUUAGGCAAAAAAUUCUUGAUCUGGUUCUUUCAGAUCUACCAUACUGUACAGUGUCAGCAGCUCAGGACUCGCUUACUAAGAUUGAUCCCUUACAUCCAAACCUUGAGGCUAAUAUAUCGAUCGUGGACAGUAAAGAUCUUAAUAUAAAUUCAAACAAUAGAAAAUUAAACUAUUAUAAGGCCGAUUAUGAGGCCAUUCGGGGGGCUCUGUCAGGGAUUGACUGGAAUUCAGAGCUGGCGGAAUGCACAAAUGUCAAUUCAAUGGUGAGCAUAUUUUACGCUAAACUCAAUGAAAUAAUCAACAAAUAUGUACCUCAUAAAAAAUCUGGCGAGCGACAUUAG